GCAACGCACAUGAGCGAACGAGCAACGAUACCUUAAAAAAACAUUGUCUGUUUUAAACAUCUUUAUCGGGAUCGAAGGCAUCCCCAGUGUAAGAGUAAACCGAGAGAUUAAUUUGGAAGUUGCUGGUUUAAGUUUAUGUUUAACUACAGCUGAGUCUAUUCCAGCGUUAGCCGGUUUACUAGCUGGUUUAACGUUAAGUCAGGUAACUUCAGGUUAGAUUCGGUUUAAACGAACAGCAUGCCGUCCCGUGUAGAGGACUACGAGGUGUUGUACACAAUAGGCUCAGGUUCCUAUGGACGAUGCCAGAAAAUAAAACGGAAAUCUGACGGGAAAAUCCUGGUGUGGAAGGAGCUGGACUAUGGCACCAUGGGGGAGAGUGAAAAGCAGAUGCUGGUGUCGGAGGUGAACCUCCUGAGGGAGCUCAAGCACCCAAAUAUAGUGAGGUACUACGACCGCAUCAUAGACCGGACUAACACCAUGCUGUACAUUAUCAUGGAGUACUGCGAGGGCGGGGAUCUAUCCAGCCUCAUCAGCCGGUGCAUCAAGGAAAGGCGUUAUUUGGAGGAGCAGUUCAUCCUGCGAGUCAUGGCACAGCUCAUGUUAGCUCUGAAGGAGUGCCACAGACGCAGCGAUGGCAGGGCCACGGUUCUUCAUCGAGACCUGAAACCAGCCAACAUCUUCCUCGACGUCAGACAGAACGUUAAGCUCGGUGACUUUGGCCUAGCCAGGAUCUUGAAUCAUGACACCAGUUUUGCAAAGACGUUUGUUGGGACACCUUACUACAUGUCUCCAGAACAAAUAAACCGGAUGUCAUACAAUGAGAAGUCAGAUAUUUGGUCACUGGGGUGUUUGCUGUAUGAACUCUGUGCAUUAUCCCCUCCGUUUACUGCUUACAACCAAAAAGAGCUGGCAGAGAGGAUCAGAGAGGGAAAGUUCAGAAGAAUCCCGUACCGAUACUCAGAGCAACUGAAUAGCUUACUCAGCAAAAUGCUCAACUUGAAGGACUAUCUGAGGCCCUCCGUGGAGUCUAUUCUCCAGAGCAGCCUGUUGGCUGACGUGGUUGCUGAGGAGCAGAGGAGGGCAGAGGUGCGGCUCCGAAGGAGGUCAGCGGACUCUGACUGUCCCCUCCACAAGCCGGCUGAACCGGCACCCACGUCGGCUGCAGAGCUCAAACUCAGGGAACAGGCGCUGAGGGACAGAGAAAAGGCACUGAAAGAACGGGAAGAGAGGCUGGAGCAAAGAGAGCAGGAACUGUGUGUUCGUGAGCGACUGUCAAAUGAGAAGCUUGCACGGGCAGAGAGUUUACUGAAGAAUUACAACCGUCUACAGCAGCAGAGGGACCUGGCACCGUUCUAUGGCAAAGACAUAGAUGUGGAAAACCUCUCCCCUGGCAAGAAGAAGGUCCACUUUGCUGGUGAGAGCAAAGAGAACCAGCAGCCUGAUAGUCAUCAGAGUGUGACGUCCCAGGAACUGAUACUGAGGAGGCUGCAGGUGGCCAAUGUGCGCGCACAGACACUGAGUGAAGUGGAGAAGGUCUGUCAGUUCAAGAGCAGACAGAUCCUCGGCAUCCGCUGAUCGUAGAGAUGUCCUUAUCUGUCUUGUAACUGAGUCAUAAUAACUGGAUGUAAAGUAAGAUUUAUUUAUAUGAUAAUGGAGUAGCUGUGAUAGUAGUGAAGCCAAAUGAUUGAAUGUAGCGUACUGUCAUACAGUUGCUUUGUAGUGUCACAGUUUUGUUAAGUUUGAUGUGUGGAUGUGUUAAUUUUAUAGGCAGCUAUUGUGAUUGUGAAUUUACUGUAUGUUCUUGCUGUUUGUGUGUGUGUGUAAGUCAGGUUUUCUUUCUUUUAGGAUUUGUAUCUAUAAGAUAUAUGAAGAACACCUAAAUCUGU